AUGAGUCAAAAUCAAGCUAAUGUGAAGCGGGAUGAAAAAAAAGGGAAGGAAAAGGAUGAAAAGAAAAACUUGGAGAAAAAUAUGUCAGAAAUUGAUGAACACAUUCUAAAGAGGUUUGAUGUGAAGAAGAGACUCGGUAAGGGCGCUUAUGGUAUAGUCUGGAAAGCAAUUGAUAAGAAGAGCAAAGAUGUUGUCGCGAUUAAAAAAAUAUUCGACGCGUUCCGGAACCAAACAGACGCGCAGAGGACCUUUAGAGAGAUAAUAUUCUUGCAAUCCUUCAGGAACCAUCCGAAUAUUGUGAAACUACACAGCAUUCACAGGGCUGCCAACAAUCGCGACAUCUACCUAGGCUUCGAGUACAUGGAGACUGAUUUGCACAACGUGAUAAAGCGAGGGAACAUUCUAAAAGACAUUCACAAGCGAUACAUCAUGUACCAGAUGUUAAAAGCUACUAAAUAUAUCCACUCAGGGAAUGUGAUACACAGAGACCAGAAGCCCAGCAACGUGCUUAUUGACAGUGCUUGCAGGGUAAAAUUGGCAGACUUCGGCCUAGCGCGUUCAGUUUCUUCAAUGUAUUCCGGGGGAGAAGAAGGAGCAGAUCCCUGCUUGACGGAUUACGUAGCAACGAGGUGGUACAGAGCACCAGAAAUACUCAUCGCUAGUAAAAAUUACACAAAAGGGAUAGACAUGUGGUCACUCGGCUGUAUUUUGGGGGAGAUGUUGACGGGUUCUCCACUCUUUCCGGGGACAUCCACUGUUAACCAAGUCGAAAGAAUCAUGGCCGCACUACCAAGACCAUCGCCGGAAGAUAUCACAGCGGUAUGCACGGGCUACGGUUCCUCAUUGAUCCGAGAGCAAGCUACUUGCAAGGGUACGGGUGCAUCACUGACGGCACUGCUGUCGUGUGCACCGCGGGAUGCAGCAGAUCUGGUGCAGCAGCUGCUGGUGUUCAAUCCGGCAAAGCGGCUGAGCGCUGAACGAGCCUUGCACCACGAAUAUGUAGCUAAAUUUCACCGUGAACGCGACGAGCCCUCCCUUCCCUCCGACGUGUUGCUGCCCUUGCGUGAUGAUAAGCAGGUCUCGAUUGACGACUACAGGAACAAACUGUACAGCAUUAUGGCCAAGGGGUUUCAGAGUAGCCCGCAACUUCGUAAAAGUAAUUCCAGUAGCAAGAACCACAUUCUAGCGACGCCAGUGAAAAGCAAGAGUUUCCAAGAACACAGCGAACUGAAACACUACAAGGCGAAACUGACUUCGUCGGCCGAUGCCAAGCCGCGCCCCAAGGCGAGUAAAACGCUGGAGCGGCCGAUUAAAGAGUUUCGUUCCUAUCAGACACUCGGAGAUAAGGACAGAAUUGGUAAACCGAUAAAAGCGACAAAACUCUUUGACCACCAAGACUGGCUGGGGACCAACUGCCGUGGUGACUAUUUGACCGACGUAAAGAACGAAAGGAAAUCUCAAACCAAUUUCCUCACCAAAGACUUCUUUCCCAUACGUCAGAGCCCCUCGGACUCUAAAAGAAACCUCCAACAGCGGAGGAAUUCAACUUCAUUUUCCACAAUAACCAUCGGUGAUUCGGAACUAGGUUAUGGUAAGAAUUCUAGGCAUGGGGUUAUAACUGCUAGUGCUCUAAUGGACCUGAGAACCAGCAUACGGUGA